AAGAAGGUGGUGAUCCUUUAGAUGGACAAAAAUUUGAUUUGAUUGUGUGCGCUUCUGCAUAUCACCAUCUGGGAGACAUAAAAUCCGCAACCAAGACACUCACCACAUAUCUAAAGCCUGGAAGCGGUCACUUGAUUGUUCUUGAUUUACAAUUGAACCCUGGACAUUCUCACAGAUUUCAUAAUUCUGAACACUCUCACCAUGAUUCUGAACACUCUCAUCAUAAUCCUGAACAUUCUCACCAUAACCCUGAACACGCUCACAAAAGCCAUAUUCCUGCAUCAGGGGCUGUAAAUUAUCCUGGCGGAUUUAGUCAUGAUCAAAUACGUGAAGCAUUUGAAGGUAAUGGCGGACUGUUGGAGAAUGUCAUUGUGAGAACUGCAUUCUCAUUUAAAAAGAUGACGAAUGAAGGUGUCGAACUUGAGUUUGAGUAUUUGUUGGCUAAAGGAAGAAGACCGAAAUUGGUGGAAUAG